AUGGUCAUCCACCACUGCCCCUAUCAUUGCCAGCAUCACUACGCGACCUACCCCCAAACGUACUACCAUAUGACCUCGACGACAUCCUACUUCCCAACAACGAUCAAGCUCGACGUUGAGGACUCAGACUACGCCCGCACCUUCACCGAGACGAUCACGCACCCAUGGGGCGCAUGGCCGUCCUCGGCCGACCUGGCCACACUGGACCGGCUUACUUCGGAGCCCGAGCGCCUCAAGGCCGUCGUCGACGUACUCAAGGAGCGUCUCGGGUCCGGCGGGGAAUGCGCCGCGCGGGCCCUCAAGCUCAUCACAGCGCUUCCCUUCUCAGCUCUAGCCGACCUCGAGGGCGAGAUUACCAAAGUGGCCGACGGGACUCGCUGGGCCGACUACUCUACUCGCGUAGACGCUGCGUACUUCCUCCCCCAAGUAGCUGAGGCCAAAGCCGCGCGCGAUGAGGUCGAUAAAGAGCGUAACUGGGACGCUUGGCAGGCAAUGUAUGGCCGCAGCGGAGCGGCAUGGGUUCCCCCGCCCAUGGAGAGCGCGUACGCGUACCCCAAGAUGCCCGAGGUCGAGUGUCCCACGAACCCGUCGGGAUGGCGGUUCGUGAUGUUCCCCGAGCCAUUUAUGCGUCAUAUGGAGACCGGCGGAGCUUACCCCUGGCACCGCUAG